CAGAAUGAACUCUUCAAUCUCGAUGUGAGGACCAUUCAGUGCAUGGAAACGACAUCGCAUUGUUAUCAUUCUUUGUUUAGAUACGCAACCGUCAUCCCUAAAAAUGUCUUAACCCGAAAUACUGGCUUGGCGGCGACGGGCAUGAGAGAUCUGACCCUCAUACGAGUAUCGGCGAAAAUAAUCCUUACCAAUACCAGAUUACCAGUUCCAAAAUCUUUCUCUGUUGGCUCUCAACAGCACAUGGCCACGAACACCGAUCAACCGCUGCUGCCAGAUAAGAUGAACAAGAAAGUAGAAGAAAAAGACAAGGAAGAAGAGAAGAAGAAACUGCCUCCGCCGCCGGAGAAGCCAGAGCCUGGCGAUUGCUGUGGAAGCGGAUGCGUGAGGUGCGUGUGGGAUGUGUAUUAUGAGGAGCUCGAGGAAUAUAACAGGCUUUGUAAAUCCAUUUCCGAUUCCGAUCCCGAUGCUGAUCAGGAUAUCUCCAAUUCUAAGCACUCAUGAUUUUGUUAUGAUUUCUUCAUUGCAUAUUUUAUUGUGAUUUUAGCAGAUUACGUUGUAAGAAUUUGUGAUGAAUGAUAAUUUUUUGGAGGAAAAUAAUAUUUUUUUAUUA